AUGAUGCAUCUUAACAUUGUACGAUUUGUUGUAUUUCUUAUCGUUUGCCUGGCAAUGAUCCAUGCCUAUCCACCAUCAAUGAGCAAAACAAGAUGGCUACCCCUACGUAUCGCAAGACAGCAUGCUGUUCAUGAUGGACGAGUUGAUGAUUAUAAUAACGUAGUAGAUGGAAAUGAUAGUGACCUCAAUGACAGUAAUGGCUUUGCAACAUGGUUAUUUCGUUCGCGUAAAUUCUGCUGCGCGCCACCAUUGUAA